CUGUGUUGCAAUAAAAGUCAGUAACAAAAUUUAAAUCAACCAUGUACAACAUUUUGGUAAAUUCGUACUAAGCGAGUGUAAAUUUUGUAAGUGUUACAGAACUGUACAACGUUGAUCUGAUGAUUACAGUUUAGUUUAAAGUUAUUUAUAGCUCUUAUCACAACAUGAUACAAGUUUUAUUACUGUUAUUCGCAUUCACCUUGAUAUAUGCGAAAGCGUCCACCAUUUACAAUCCGGACAAUCUGGAUGCUCCCAUAUAUCCACCCUCGCCGGAAUUAGCCUACGGUCAAUACUCGGCACAGCCAUGUGGAUUUCCCAAUACUAUGCCAUCCUCCACCUAUCUGCAUGAGCCGAACAAGACGUACGGAUUGUGGUACAGCUAUCGCCGCAUCGCACCAGCGGGAACCCACACAAUAAAUGGCCGCUUUUUUGUACACAGCAUCACCCGGACGGUGGUGCCGCUGACGGAGACGAGCGCCGAGUAUAUGUGGUUUGGGUUCUCCAAUUAUCACUCGCCAACGGGCGACUGUCACUACGGCUACUGGGUGGGCAGUUUCGGAACGGAUGGAACCCAACUGGGAGACUUAUAUUUGUCCGACACCGGCUAUGCACCGAUUCCAGUGAACGUCGUGGAGGUUCUGAGCGACUACACAUCCAUCGCCAUCGCCUAUGGUUGCGCCCGGCCCAGCCGUAAAACUGGGUUAUGUGAACAGCCCAUCGUCCUGGUCAGCACCCGCACGCGUCCCAGCAGGCUGUCGUAUAACGAGCGGCUGAAUAUUGACCGGGCGGUUAAUUCUGUUUUUACGCCGUACUGCAUUAGUGCCGAAGACAUCCCCUUGCAGACCUUCGUUGAUAGCAAGCCGGAUUGCGACUUCCCUGAUCCACCGGAAGAGAUAGCCAAGAAAAUACGCAGCCUGGCUUUGCUACGCCGGAUAAAGGGAAAGCCCACAUUAAAAUAAAUUUGUUUGAGUUUUGACGCUCUUGUUCCUUUUAUUUAGUUAUUUGUUUAUUGUAUGAAAAGUACGAUCAAAAAAGUAUUGGAAAAUUUUUGAUUUGUGUCACAGUUUCUAUAUUUCAUAACACUCGUAAUAUACGUAGUACACGAUGAUGAACAUUAUUUAUAAUAUUCGCGUACUUUUUCGUUUGUAUAUUAUGGCUUUCUUCACUUGUAUGUGCCUACAUUUCUAUGCUACAGAGU